AAUUUACGUCGUUAGCACCGGUGGACAAACGAAGCGGUAACUAUGAAGUACUUGGCUGUUCUCGCUGCGAUCGUGUCUGUUUGCUCGGCAGCACCGAGCGGACUUCUCAGUCCAUUAGUGGUGGCUGCACCUGCGGUGGGACCAGCGGUUGUCGCGGGCCCCGCGACUGGGGCUGUUAAGGUAGUAGGACCAGCCGCUGGACCAGCACUCGUCACUGGAGCCGUAGCUGCGCCCUCGGCUGUGGUCGGUUCGGCAGCCGGAGCAACCCUCGUCUCCGGACCCGGGGUCGGCGUUGUCGUUGGUAAUGCUCUUGGCGUGCCAGCGGUAGUGGCGGCUGCGCCAGCAGCCACGGUCGUUGCUGGCUCAGCAGCGUCUGCGGUCGUCGCUGGACCGGCUACGUCCACGAUCGUCGCUGGUCCGGUUACCAAGACAGCGGUCAUCGGAGCUUCUUCCUCGGCCGUCGUUGCUGGAUAAUAGCCUACCAACCCGUCUCGAAAUUACAUCAUGUACCUCUACUCUAGACUAUACAGACCACUCUAUACAAUCCUCCUAUCUGUGGCGACGUCACUGCCUACGAGUCUGGAAACGCAUACGCUUAUACAAAUGUAACAUUGUAAUUAUACGAAAUAA